AUGAAGGAUGGCAUCGACCCCGAGUGGCAAGAGCUUGUAUUCGAUCCAGCCCAGAAAGGACGUUUCCUAGGUGUUGGCCUAAUCGCCUGUGUAUCUGUCGUCGCCACAGGCUGUUUACUCGGUUUCCUGACCUACCGGAUGAUCUUCUGGCGACGUUAUUAUACGCGGCCGCUCGCAGAGAAUCAAUACGUCGUUCUGAUCUACAACCUGCUCUUGGCCGAUCUCCAGCAAGCCAUCGCCUUUCUGAUUUAUCUCGUUUGGGUGGAUCGUGGCAGGUCACAGUAUUAUACCGCGGCUUGCUACUUGCAAGGCUGGUUCAUCCAAACAGCUGAUCCCGGUAGUGGUCUCUUUAUCCUGGGAAUCGCCAGCCAUACUGCUGCCGUCAUUCUUCGGGGGCGCCAGCUUCCGUAUGGCGUCUUCUGCGGCUGCAUUAUUGCUCUUUGGAUGUUUAUUCUGAUGCUUGGAUCUAUACCAGUUGGGAUGUGGGGAAAGAAUGUGUUUGUCGUCUCCGAGGCUGGUUGGUGCUGGCUCAGUCCUGCACACGAGGAUGAGCGACUUUGGGGUCACUACUUUUGGAUUUUCAUCGCUGAAUUCGGAACCAUCGUCCUUUAUGGCCUCAUGACUAUCUACCUUCGUCGCCGUAUGCAACAAUCCUCGGCUGCAAUGCAAACCCAGCAAGAAUCGCUGCGCCGCCUCAACCGCGUAGUUAUUUACAUGGUGAUAUACCCUGUUGUCUACGUUAUUCUGUCACUACCCCUCGCCGCCGGUCGUAUGGCAGUUAGUCGCGGCGUCGUGCCCAGUAAAACGUAUUUUGCUGUAGCCGGUUCGUUCAUGGCUCUGUCCGGCGCUGUGGACGUGAUUGUUUAUACCAUCACACGUCGUCAUCUACUUCUCGAUAGCGACGGAAGUAUCCCGACCAAGCCAUAUUCAAAUCAGCGCAACGAGUCUAGGAUCCCGGGAACAAGUAUUUCAACGAUCAUAGCUGCAGGGAAGGGGAACAAACACAAACAAGGGAAAUUUGGCUCGCGGUUCCGCACGACAGAAUCCUAUCAGAUGGACACGAUCGACUCGCACGGUGAACGCGAUCUGUCAACGGAUGACAUUGUUUCGAAGAUGGAUAGGGAGUAUGAUCUGAUGCAUCAAGGGGUUUACCAAGAAACGACGAUCGAGAUUGUGCAUGAGCCGGCAGUCGGAGAUAGGUCUGAGGCAUUAAUGUCGGCGACGAGGAAAACUAAGAGGAAUAGCGGUGGCUUAUGA